AUGUUCGGGGCUCUGAAUCGGUUUAUUGGCUUGGAUGCCGAGCCUACCCGGCAGGCGCGGGCUCAAAGCACCAGCGACAACUCGUUUGGAUUCCAGGUCCUUCGCAACAAGGAUGCGGAGCUCCCUCUAGAGCCGUGGUUCGAUUUCAUUGAGGAUCCCGACCCCAACCUCUUCGCUACGGAAGUGCGCAACUGCGCCGGAUCCAGCGUGACCUUUGAAGUCUGGAGCGCCAAGGGUCAAAAAACACACACCGUCUCCAUCCCCGUCCCCGCAUCCAACCCCGAUCUGGGCCUGGCGCUCCAACUAGCCCCCCUCUCCUCCACGCAAAACAUCUGGCACGUCCUGUCGAUCCCCUCUCCGCUCAGUCCCGCCUACCGCGCAGGCCUCCUUCCACACUCCGACUACAUUAUCGGCACUCCAAGCGGGACAUUACGUGGGGAAUCGGCACUUGGCGAGCUUGUCGAAGACCACCUGAACCGCACACUAGUCCUAUGGGUAUACAACAGCGAGUUUGAUGUGGUGCGCGAGGUCGAGCUGGUGCCUACACGGGGCUGGGGAGGUGAGGGAGCUCUUGGCGCAGAAUUGGGCUUUGGAGCACUACACCGGUUACCGGUCGGCCUGGGUGAGGAAGUAGAAGGUCCAGGAGAGGUGGUUUUUGAGACGCGGGACGAUGGCUCAUCCGCGCCGGUAGUGGAAGCUCUGGGCCAGGGACCCCCGCCGUCUGGGCAUUUCCUGGUCCCGGCUAACAUGACCUCUCCUCCGCCGUUGUCGGGGCCACCGAGGAAUUUGGCAGCGUCGCCAGCUAGUCAUUCGUCUGCGGGUCGGCGGCAUAAGACGCGUCAUACAGGAUCAGCUGCUGCAGUGUCGUUUGAUGACUACUUUGCGGAGGGCGAGCAGAAGAGCAAGGAACAAGACUUCGCGCCGUCUCGCAGGGGAACGCCGCUACCGCCUCCGCCCAAGGCUGGGGUGCGGUCACCGCCUAGCUCGGGCAGUCCGGCGCCAGCGGCUGCCGAAUAG